AUGGACGAUGCAGGUUUCUUCUCAUUUGCGUCUUUCUCAUGGAUGAGCCCCAUUAUGUGGAAACUGUUCCGGAACCGCCUCGACCUCAGUUCCCUCUCGAUCUCUCCAAACGAUGGCUGCAGCACCAAUGGAGACAGGCUGGAGAGGCUGUGGGAUGAGGAAGUGAGUCGUGUGGGUCCAGAUCGCGCCUCAUUGGUCCGAGUGGUGAUGAGGUUCGAGAGGAGCAAGCUCAUCCUCAGCGCCAUCGCAUCACUCCUCCUGGAGACCCUGCUCUUCACCGGGCCUUCUGUGCUGGUGCAUAUGAUCCUGGGUUAUGUGGAGUCUGAGGAGGGCAGGUCGGUGGGCUUUAGCGUGGGCCUGUGUCUGGCUCUCCUGGCGACGGAGUCCGCUAGGCUCUUCUCGCUGUCCCUGCUGUUUGCCAACAACAUCCGCAUGGCCAUACGCAUGAAAGGAGCAUUCAGCAUGCUGGCCUUUCGCAAGAUCACCCGCAUACGAGCCCUCACUACCGUCUCAGUGGGAGAGGUGAUCAACGUGCUGACGGUGGACAGCUAUCGCUUGUACUCUGCGUUUGUGUUUGGGCCGUUUCUCUUUGCGGUCCCUUCUCUGCUGCUGGCCAGUGCAGUCUUCGCCUGUUACAUACUGGGGUACACCGCGCUCAUAGGAGUCGCUGUCUACCUGGCCUUCCUGCCUAUACAG